GGCAGGAACCUUUAGAGGACAGAGUUGUUCCACCGGAACAGUCGGUCUGGGUACCAGAACAGAAAGGAGAUAAAUACAGGAAACAAGAACCUGCCCGAGAACCCCGCGGAGCACACAGAACAGUGACAACGACGAGUCGUCUCCGCUGAGCUAAUAUUUAUUUUAUUGCCAGCAGACACAGAGCUGCUGGUUAGCCACUGUCAGCCGGUGGCAGCGCGCGCAUCAGGAGCAGCUAGCUUAGCUUAGCUGCUGGAGAGGGAACGAGGGAACAGCUUCCAGGAUGAGGCUGAAAGUGGGAUUCCUACUGCGGAGCUUGCUGGUCAUCGGGACGUUUCUGGCUUUGGUGGUACUCUGGUCGUCUCUGUCUCCAAAGCCCAACGACGAGAACCCCUUCGCGAGAAGGGAUGACGGUGCGCUCCCCAAAGGGGACCUGGCGGAUCAGUUUAAACCUGUGGUGCCCUGGCCCCGUGUGGAAGGUGUAGAAGUUGACCUGAACUCUAUCCGACAGAAGCAUGGAGGAGUCAAUCUUCAUGGCCAGGAGCAGCAGCCAAACCAGAAGCAGGUCAUCCAGCAGCAGUAUGUGACAUUCAGACCUCACACACAUGCCUACAACAGCCCUGUGCUCAAAAAGGGGAUCCUGGGAAACUUUGAGCCUAAGGAACCUGAACCUCCAGGAGUCCCUAAUGGUCCUGGGGAGGGAGCCAAGCCAUUUGUCUUGGGUCCAGAGUACAAAGACUCCGUCCAAGCUUCCAUUAAGGAGUUUGGUUUCAACAUGGUGGCUAGUGACAUGAUCUCAUUGGACCGAACCAUCAGUGAUUUACGCCAUGAAGAGUGUAAGUACUGGCAUUACGAUGAUAGGCUGCUGACUUCUAGUGUCAUAAUAGUAUUCCAUAACGAGGGCUGGUCCACACUGAUGAGAACAGUGCACAGUGUCAUCAAGAGGACGCCCAGGAGAUAUCUGGCUGAGAUUGUCCUAAUAGAUGACUUCAGUAACAAAGUCCAUCUGAAGGAGCGUCUGGAGGAGUACAUUAAGCAAUGGAACGGGCUUGUUAAACUCUUCAGAAAUGAUAAACGAGAGGGACUGAUACAGGCGAGGAGCAUCGGAGCUCAUAAGGCAACUACAGGACAGGUCCUGAUCUACUUGGAUGCUCAUUGUGAGGUUGGAAUCAACUGGUAUGCUCCUCUUGUUGGACCAAUUUCAAAAGACAGAACUGUUUGUACGGUGCCUCUGAUUGACUCCAUCCAUGGCCAGAGGUUCAACAUCGAGCCCCAAGGCGGAGGAGACGAGAACGGUUUUGCUAGAGGAGCCUGGGAUUGGAGCAUGCUCUGGAAGAGAGUUCCGCUUGGAGACAGGGAAAAAAAUCUGAGAAAAACAGUAACUGAGCCAUAUAGGUCUCCAGCAAUGGCCGGAGGUCUCUUUGCUAUAGAGCGAGACUUCUUCUUUGAGCUGGGUCUGUAUGACCCUGGACUACAGAUAUGGGGAGGAGAGAAUUUUGAAAUAUCAUACAAGAUCUGGCAGUGUGGGGGCCAAUUGCUCUUUGUACCAUGUUCUCGCGUUGGUCAUAUCUACAGACUUCAGGGCUGGCAGGGAAACCCCCCACCUGCACAUGUUGGAUCCUCGCCCACUCUAAAGAACUACGUUCGUGUGGUGGAGGUAUGGUGGGAUGAUUAUAAGGACUACUUCUACGCCAGCCGCCCUGAAACUCUGACUCUAGCCUAUGGGGACAUAAGUGAUCUGAAACGUUUCAGGGAGGAGCAUCGAUGCAAAAGUUUCAAAUGGUUCAUGGAGGAAAUAGCUUAUGACAUCCCAGCGCACUACCCUCUUCCUCCUAAAAAUGUUGAAUGGGGGGAGAUUCGAGGCUUUGAGACCAGCUACUGCAUUGACAGCAUGGGGCACACCAAUGGAGGGAAUGUGGAAAUUGGCCCCUGCCACAGGAUGGGGGGGAACCAGUUGUUCCGCAUAAAUGAAGCCAACCAGUUGAUGCAGUACGACCAGUGCCUGACCAGAGGAGAGAACUCAGCUGUUAUCAUCACACACUGUGAGAGGAACCAGAACACUGAGUGGAACUACUUCAAGGAUCUUCAUCGGUUCACUCAUGUGCCAACAGGUAAAUGUCUGGACCGCUCCGACCUGCUUCACAAAGUGUUCAUAUCAGACUGUGACGUCAGCAAAAGCACUCAGAAGUGGGAGAUGAACAACAUUGUCGCUGUAUGAAGACUUAAGGAAAUCCACUGGUCGAUGGGAGAAAGAUGUGGUGAUUUUUCUAAGGACAUGACCACUAAAUGUAUCCAAACAGCUGGUUUUAUUCUGAAGGUCUCAGCUGUGGCUAUCAGCAAAAAACGCCUUUGUUAAGGUUUGUCCUGGACUCAACAGGAAGUGAUGCACUCCAGGGAAGAACUGGUUGAUAGACCACCAGAAACAGCUGGUCCUUACAAGGAGCUGUUGGGUUAGCAUUAAACUGGCAACAUGUCUCUGGCCUUUUAUGGUGGUUGUGUUUACAAGCUUUUAUUUCUGUUUUCUUAAAAUCCUAAUCUUUGCUAUCACUGACCGUCCAGGAAAGUGAACACAAUCAACUCUAAUCAUUUCACAGACAUUUUUAAUUCUGGUUUGCUCACUUGAUGCCAAAGGCAGACCGUGUGAUUGGUGAAGGACUCCGGGGUUCUGGACACUCCAUGGGUUUACUGCUUGCUUAUAUCCAGAAAACACACUUGAUAGACUUUUUGCUGGAAAUAUGGUGUAAAAGCAGCUGAAUAAUGUGAUCUCAUGAUACAGACGAGGUAGUAGUUCAUUUUUAACCAUUGGCAGCUGGCUGUAUUUGUUUUUUGACUCCAUUGCAAUGAACCUUUAACAGGCUAAUCGCAUUUCUCCUAUAUAUAUGUUUUUCUAUGAUUUGGCUAGAAUAUAAAUCACCUUUACACUGUCUGAAGUUUCUAAGCAAAAGGAAAAAGUGAAAAAGAAAAACAGAGGUCUUCCUGAAGGAACUUCAAUCUGUGGCUGUUUCUCCAAACUAAGCUUUCCAAGCACAAUUUCAGUUGUUCCAUGUCUGAAAUGUUUAUUGCCAUUUAUUUUUGAAAAAGUGUAAAGGUCUUGGACUGCUUGCCUUACUGGAAUAACUUCAGGGGAUCAGUUUACUGUGACCUGGUAAUAGCCUGUGACGGGAUGGGUUAAUAAUCGAGUCUGAUAUACGGUGGGGGAAAUGUCUGCUUUUGUUCUAGGGCAACGAGGUGUGGGUUUAUUGUUGAUCAUGUUUGCAACAUUUUGUACAAGAGAAAUGAAGUUCUUUCUAAAGAAGAUGGUGUAUUAUAUCAGAGGCCCUUAAUGAUGUAAAUAUCUAACUUAUAGGAGAGAUUUAAUAAUGUGGGCCAAACAAUGGGGGAGUGAUGAAAUAAACAAUUUUUACUA